GACGCACGCAGUUCCUCGGGCCAAUGGCUUUGGAGCGCGCGGGACCCCGGGAGUGAAGGCGGGGCUUGGAAGCAGCCGGAGCGCGGGAGUUGGCGCGGCGUUGGUCCGCGGGAAACCAUGGUGGGCCACCUGAGCGAGGGGGCCAUUGCGGCCAUUAUGCAACAGGGAGAUACAUCAAUAAAACCCAUUCUCCAAGUCAUUAACAUCCGUCCUAUUACUACAGGAAAUAGUCCACCCCGUUAUCGACUGCUUAUGAGUGAUGGAUUGAACACUCUAUCCUCUUUCAUGUUGGCAACACAGUUGAACUGUCUUGUUGAGGAAGAACGAUUGUCAAGCAACUGUAUUUGCCAGGUUAACCGAUUUAUUGUUAACACUCUGAAAGAUGGAAGGAGAGUAGUUAUUUUGAUGGAGUUAGAAGUUUUGAAAUCAGCUGAAGCAGUUGGAUUAAAGAUUGGCAAUCCGGUGCCCUAUAAUGAAGGCCACGGUCAGCAGCAGGUCAUUCCUUCUCCAGUCUCAGCAGCCAAUCCACCACCCAGCAAGCCCCAGCAACAGAAUGGGGGCUCAGGGACCGGUUCCAGUACAUCUAAGACUUAUGGUGCCUCAAAGACAUUUGGAAAAGCUGGAAGUAGCAGCCUAGUGAACAGUUCUGGGGGAACACAAACCAGAGUGGUGCCCAUUGCCAGCCUCACCCCUUACCAAUCCAAGUGGACUAUUUGUGCUCGUGUUACCAACAAAAGUCAGAUCCGCACAUGGAGCAAUUCCCGAGGGGAAGGGAAGCUUUUCUCUAUAGAACUGGUUGAUGAAAGUGGUGAAAUCAGAGCCACUGCUUUCAAUGAGCAAGCAGACAAGUUCUUUCCCCUUAUUGAUGUGAACAAGGUCUAUUAUUUCUCUAAAGGCACCCUGAAGAUUGCAAACAAACAAUUCACAGCUGUUAAAAAUGACUAUGAAAUGACCUUCAAUAAUGAGACUUCUGUCAUGCCCUGUGAAGAUGAUCAUCAUUUACCUACAGUUCAGUUUGAUUUCACAGGGAUUGGUGACCUAGAGAAUAAGUCUAAAGACUCCCUUGUAGACAUAAUUGGGAUCUGCAAGAGCUAUGAAGAUGCCACUAAAAUCACAGUGAAGUCUAAUAACAGAGAAAUUUCUAAGAGAAAUAUCUAUCUGAUGGACAUGUCAGGGAAAGUGGUGUCAGCUACUCUGUGGGGAGAAGAUGCUGAUAGAUUUGAUGGUUCUAGACAACCUGUCAUGGCUAUCAAAGGAGCCAGAGUUUCUGAUUUUGGUGGGCGGAGCCUCUCUGUACUGUCCUCAAGCACGGUCAUUGUGAAUCCUGACAUCCCAGAGGCCUAUAAGCUUCGUGGAUGGUUUGACUCAGAAGGACAAGCCUUAGAUGGCGUUUCCAUCUCUGAUCUAAAGAGUGGAGGAAUAGGAGGGAGCAACACAAACUGGAAAACUUUAUAUGAGGUUAAAUCGGAGAACCUGGGCCAAGGUGACAAGGCAGACUAUUUUAGCUCUGUGGCAACAGUGGUGUAUCUUCGCAAAGAGAACUGUAUGUAUUUGGCCUGCCCAACUCAGGACUGCAAUAAGAAAGUGAUUGAUCAACAGAAUGGAUUGUACCGCUGUGAGAAGUGUGACCGUGAAUUUCCCAAUUUCAAGUACCGAAUGAUCCUCUCAGUAAAUAUUGCUGAUUUUCAAGAGAAUCAGUGGGUCACUUGUUUCCAGGAGUCUGCAGAGGCUAUCCUCGGACAAAGCACUGCUUAUCUUGGGGAGUUAAAAGAGAAGAAUGAGCAAGCAUUUGAGGAAAUUUUCCAGAAUGCCAACUUUCGAUCUUUCACAUUCAAGAUCAGGGUCAAACUAGAGACCUAUAACGAUGAGUCACGAAUUAAGGCCACUGUGAUGGAUGUGAAGCCCGUGGAGCACAGAGAAUAUGGCAGAAGGCUGAUCAUGAACAUCAGGAGAAACGCAGUAAUGUGAGAAGAGCAAUGCCGAUUGGAUAGAAGUUUGAAGAUACAGAACUGAAAUGAAAUUGAUUUCCUCCCACCAUGUGUGACAGUUCCACUUGCGCUGCAGAAUCGGCUCAGAUGGCUGUAGCAUAAGUUGUGUCAGAAUUAGGGGUUCAGCCAGCAGGCAGUGUGAUACCUGUCACUCCCUCUGUCUUCAGGCUUUUGUCCGUUUUAUUAAGAUUUUGUUAUCUUCAAGCAAGAAUUAUGUCACAAGUAAUUGACCUUAAAUCUGCAGACAGUGAAGUAAAUUAUGUAACUAGGGUUUCUGCUUCUUCAGUGGUGACACCUUUGCAACUUGGGUUCCUCCUCGCAAGAGAGCCAAGAAGCAGUUGUGCAGACUUGGGCGUUUUAGUAUGAGUAUCUUCCUAGAAUUCAAAGGCUGUUUCUAGAGGUGCCACAUACUUGUUAAUGCUUGGAAUGGCAAUAGGGCAGAAUUAUUAAUCAAAGACACAUCUUUUAUAUCUGAAAAUAUCCUUCCUUCAGGGUUUAAUAGACUGAGUCAGGUGGGUCUGAUAUUAAUCAAAAUAGUCUCUUCUGAAGAAGGCUGAUAAGCAUUGGCUUGUCUGUCCCCUGGAGACAUCUAGGCAGCUGCAAAGCACUGCUGUAGUUUUCAUUUCCUUUAAUGUUGCAUUUUGGCUAGUGGGUUCACACUUUUUCUACCUGUACAUAUUUCUUGCAUUGUAUGUUUCAUUUCUUGACUAAAGCUAUGUUAAAUAGAAGGGAUUUUGAAACAAGAAGUCCUUUGUUUCCCUUGCUUUGUUUUAAUAAACAGUAUAUUCUCUG